GCGAGACUUGGCCAACAGCACGGACUUACUCGCUAACAAGCCAAAGCUAACGAGUAACAUGUAUCAUACACAAGCACAAAGUGAUUGAAGGAGUAACCGGGAGAAUUGGGCAAAUGGAGUGUAGAAACAUCAAGGACCAAUGUCCAUUGGUCCAAGCUAUUUUCAACCGAAAUGCUGAAGAAGUGACCUUUUUGUUGAGCCAUAGAGAAGAUGUCAAUUCAUUGGACCUCGAACAAAGCACACCUCUUCACGCUGCUGCCUUUUUGGGCGACGUCCACAUUAUGGAACUUCUCAUCACCGCGGGUGCCAAUGUUAAUGCGAAGGACCAGGGGUUGCUGACUCCUUUACAUCGAGCAGCUGCCUCCAGAAAUGAAAGGGCUGUGGAGCUGCUCCUAAAGCACAGUGCAGAGGUCAACACACGGGACAAAUUCUGGCAUACGCCGUUACACAUGGCGGCGGCAAACUGGGCUGUAGGCUGUGCUGAAUCGCUAAUACCUGAUGUGUGCAGCCUGGAUGUUUAUGACCGAUCAGGAAGAACACCUUUGCAUCACGCCGCAUACAGUGGACACAGAGAGAUGGUGAACUUGCUUCUCAGCAAAGGUGCCAACGUCAGCACCAAAGAUAAAAAAGAAAGGCAGCCGAUUCACUGGGCUGCAUAUCUUGGACAUUUGGACGUUGUGAAGAUGCUGGUGUCUCACAGUGCAGACGUGACGUGCAAAGACAAACGCGGCUACACUGCGCUCCAUGCUGCCGCCAUCAGUGGACAUGUAGACGUGGUCAAAUAUCUGCUGAGACUGGGAGUGGAGGUGGACGAAGCCAACACGUAUGGCAACACGGCGCUCCACAUGGCCUGCCACACAGGCCAGGACGCCGUGGCCACCGAGCUGGUUAACUGCGGCGCCAACAUCAACCAGCCCAACCAGCAGAGCAGCACGCCACUCCACCUGGCCGCCGCCUCCUCCAGCGGGGUGCCAUGUGUUGAGCUGCUCAUCAACAACGGCACCGACGUCAACAUGCAGAACAAAGAAGGCAAGUGCCCUCUGCACAUGGCUGCCAUACAUGGCCGCUUCACAGGCUCCCAGAUUCUUAUACAAAAUGGUAGUGAAAUCGAUUGUGUUGACAUAUACGGGAACACUCCUCUCCAUGUGGCUGCCAGGUACGGUCAGGAGUUGUUGAUCAGUACUCUGCUCACCAACGGCGCUGACAAAGCCAGACAGGGGGUUCACGGGAUGCUUCCGUUACACUUGGCAGCACUCUACGGCUUUCCAGACUGCUGUCGCAAAUUGCUUUCAAAUGGCCAGUAUUACAACAUCAUGCAGUCGCCGACCAGCUGCCAGACGCCGUCUUUUGGAUUCGAUAUAAAUACAAAGGACGAACUUGGGAUGACUUGUCUGCAUGCCGUUGCCUCUGGAGGUAAUGUCGACUGUCUCAACCUGCUGAUAAGUAGUGGCGCUGACCUGGAUAUAAAGGAUCAUUUGGGAAGAUCUCCUUUGCACUAUGCUGCCGCCAACGGUAAAAGCCAGUGUACAAUCACACUGGUGAGAAGCGGCUCAGAGGUCAACGAGUUGGACCUAAUGGGCUGCAGCCCUCUACACUACGCCGCUGCAGCACACACUUUCUUUGGAGGGGAGCCAAGCACUGACUGUAAUGCGGAAAAGGAAAAGGAAGCCUCGCUGUGUUUGGACUAUCUGCUGGACAGUGGUGGAAACCCGACAGUAAAGAACACGAAAGGUUAUAGUGCUGUGCACUAUGCAGCAGCUUAUGGUAAUAAGCAGCACCUGGAACUGCUCCUGGAGAUUUCUUUCAACUGUUUAGAAGAGGCUGAGAGUAAUAUUCCAGUUAGUCCACUGCACUUAGCUGCGUAUUAUGGUCACUGUGAGGCCCUGCGCCUGCUGUGUGAGACUUUGGUGAGUUUGGACGUACGAGACAUCGAAGGCCAAACUGCCCUCCACCUGGCCGCUCUGAGAGGCUUCACCUCGUGUGUGGAGGUGCUGCUGGACCAUCAAGCUUCCUGCUCACUGAAGGAGCACAAACACAAGCGGACAGCCCUCCAUGCUGCAGCCUCUGAGGGCCACAUGGAUUGUCUGCUGUUGCUGGUCAACAGAGAACAAAGUGCUGACAUCAUAGACAGCCCAGACACACAAGGACAGACAGCGUUAAUGCUGACAGCUCUGGGUUGUCACACUGAUUGUGUGCACAUCCUGUUGGAAAAAGGAGCCAAACCGGACGUUGGCGACAAAAAAGGCUUCACUGCUUUACAUCGAGCUGCCAUGUUGGGCAGUGAGGACUGCACAUCAGCUUUGUUGGAGCAUGGCGCCUCUGCUCUGUGUCGAGACUCUCUGGGAAGGACGCCGCUGCACCUGGCUGCAUCCCGUGGCCACACACAGCUACUGCGCACUUUGCUGCAGGCUGCAGUCAAAGCAGACCCUCUGGACUCCAUGUUGGAUUACAGAGGCUACACGCCCACCCACUGGGCCGCCUACCGCGGUAAUGAAGGAUGUUUACGCAUUUUACUUGAAAACAAGCUUUUUAGCAACCAGGAAGGAAAUUCCUUCAACCCACUGCACUGUGCUUUGAUUAAAGGACACGACGUUGCUGCUGGACUUCUCAUAAAGACAGUUGGCCCUCAUAUAGUUAAAGUUAGUGAUGUCAAAGGAAGGACCCCGUUGCAUGCGGCUGCCUACUCAGGAAGUGUUGCAGGGCUGCAACUUCUCCUGGCCCAGGGGGCAGAGGUCAACGCUGUGGACCAGGGAGGAUGCUCCGCUCUAAUGAUCGCAGCUGACUGCGGACAUACUAUGGCUGUCGAAUACUUGCUGCACAAGGCCAAGCCAGACCUGACCCUGGUGGACGUCAAUAAUAACACAGUCCUUCACUUAGCCUGCACUAAGGGUCAGGAGAUGUGUGCCUUGUUGCUUCUUGGAGAAAUCAAUGACCCCUCCCUCAUAAAUGCAACAAAUAGUGCGCUUCAAAUGCCCCUUCACAUCGCGGCCAGGAAAGGUCUGGCGACUGUUGUGCAGGUGUUACUCAGCCGGGGUGCAGCUGUCAUGGCUGUGGAUGGUGAAGGUCACACCCCAGCGCUGGCCUGUGCCCCCAACAAGAGAGUGGCAGACUGCUUAUCCUUGAUCCUUUCCACCAUGAAGCCUUUUCCUCUGCGAGACGCCACUGCUUCCUGCUUCAACCCCACUCUGAAGAACUGUGGCAUCGCUGCCACCUCCAAUGGAAGCCUGUGUCACGCCUACGCCAAGGGCCGCACCAGCACCAUCGGUCUGCACGGCUGUCUCACUGACUGAGAGGAAGAGUAUAGCAUUUCUUAUCCAGCCGCAUCGUCCAUUCUUCGCUCCGUCAACUUUAUUAACUGCUUCUCUAAAGUCUUAUUACACCUCUUAGCACCUUUGUUUCAGUUGAAUGAACGAGGGGGUAUACUUCCUGUUCAUGCGGAAAGUCUUCACAGCGCUUCACUUUUUCCACAUUUUACGUCACAGCCUUGUUUCAAAAUGGAAUACAUACAUGUUUGUCCUCAAAAUUCUACACACAUACCCCAUAAUAACAAUGUGAAAAUGUUGUUUUUUUUAAACAUUUUUGCAAAUUCAUUAAACUAAAAAAAUCAGAAUCAGAAUACCUUUAUUGUCAUUGUAUGGAAACAACAAAAUUGGACAGCAAUCCAGCUCAGUGCUUUUAAAACAACUUACAUAAAAUAGUCUUAAGACAACAAACAAUAAUACAACAAUUUAAAAACAUAAUAAAAUGUUAAAAACAUAUUGCACAGUACAUCUCUAUCAGAGGUAAGCAAGUUAAUAAAGUGGUGAGUGUUCAGGUACGUGCAGAGUUUAGGGCAAUAACAGCUGUAGGAUAGAAACUGUUUUUCAAUCUAUUUGUCCUUGCUUCGAUGGUCUUAUAGCGCCUCCCUGAGGGAAAGAGUUCAAGCCAGUGGUGACCUGGGUGGGAUGAGUCCUUGAGGAUGCUGUUUGCUCUCCUGUUGCAGUGUUUCUUAUACAGCUCCUCUAGAGAUGUAAGAGGACAUGCAGUGAUCCUCUGGGCCGCGUUUAUGACCCCCUGUAAUCUCUUUCUCUCUGCCACCGUGCAGCUAGAAAACCACACGGAGAUGCCGUAGGUCAGUAUUGACUCAACGGAACAGCGAUAGAAGGACAGGAGCAGGUUAUCAGCCAGAUCUAUUUUCCUCAGCCUUCUCCGAAAAUACAGUAUUUGCUGACCUUUUUUCUGGAGUGCAGUGGUGUUGCUUUUCCAGGUCAUGUUGCUUGAGAUGUUCAUGCCCAGGAACUUGCACUCUGAGAUUCCACCUCUUCUCCCAUGAUGUAAAUGGGCUGGAUGGGCUCAGUGAUUUUUUUCCUGAAAUCAACAAUCAGCUCCUUGGUCUUUGUGGGAUUGAGAAUGAGGUUGUCUUUUGCGUAGUGGUCUGACAGUGCCUUCACCUCUUCUCUAUAGUCAGUCUCGUCCCCUUCUGUGAUGAGCCCCACCACUGUAGUAUCAUCCACAAAUGUGAUGAUGGAAUUGCUAGGAUGGAUGGGAAUACAGUCAUGGGUGUAAAGACUAAAAAGCAAGGGGCUCAAAACACAGCCCUAUGGGGCACCGGUGCUGACGCUGAGGGUUGAGGAAAGAUGGUGUCCGACCUUCACUCUCUGAGGGUGGUUCGUUAGAAAGUCCUUAAUCCAGUAACAGAUCUGUUGAGACAGAUCUGUUACAAAAAAUACAUGUUCAUAAGUAUUUAGAGCAUUUGCUCAAUACUUUGUCCAUGCACCUUUGGCAGCAAUUCCAGUCUUUUUGAACACAAUGCCAAAAUGUUGGCACACCCAUCUUUAGACACUUUCAACCAUUCGUCUUUGCAGCACCUCUCAAGCUCCAUCAGGUUGGAUGGGAAGUGUUGGUUUUCAUCCACGAUGUCUCUGUACAUUGCUGCAUUCAUCUUAGUCUAGUCAGUGAGGUGACCAAGACCAUGGUCACUCUUUCAGAGCUACAGCAUUCCUCUGUGGAGAGAGGAGAACCUUCCAGAAGGGCAAUCCACCAAUCAGGCCUGUAUGGUAGAGUGGCCAGACGGAAGCAAUUUCUUAGUCAAAAGUUUGCCAAAAUGCACCUGAAAGACUCUCAGACCAUGAGACACUAAAUUAUCUGGUCUGAUGAGACAAAGAUAGAAGUCUUUGUUUGGAGGAAACCAGGCCAAUACCACCCCUACAGUGAAGCAUGUUGGUGGCAGCAUCAUGCUGUGGGGAUGGUUUUUAAUCAGGAACUGGGAGACGAGUCAGGAUAGAAGGAAAGAUGAAUGCAGCAAUGUACAGAGACGUCUUGGAUGAAAAGCAACGCUCCCCAUCCAACCGGAUGGAGCUUAAAGAGGUGCUGCAAAGAGGAAUGGGAGAAAGUGCUCAAAGAUAGGUCUGCCAAGCUUGUGGUAUUGUAUUCAAAAGGACUUGAGGCUUUAAUGGCUGCUAAAGGUGCAUAACUAAGUAUUGAACAGAGGUUGUCAAUACUUAUGUACAUGACUUUUUUUUUUAGUAAAUUUGCAAAAUUUAAAAACGAAAACACUUUACACAUUGUCAUUAUGGGGUAUUGUGUGUAGAAUUUUGAGGACAAAAAUCAAUGUAUUCCAUUUUUUGGGUGAGGCAAAAGUGAAGCGCUGUGAAUACUUUGUACGUGUGAACACACCAUACAAGCCUGUCCUUUUGAGUCAUGAUUGCAGAUCAUUUCUAUAGCUCUUCAUGUGGCCUGCACCCCCAUUACUGUCCUCUGCUGCUAUUAGCCAACUUGUGUGCAUGUGUGUCUCUGCUGCAGAGUAUUAUGUUUCUUAAUCUACUUUUUAGUGCUUUUAUAACCGUUAUACAAUUAAGAUACCCUUUGCCGGGUGUAGCAAGCUCUAAACUAAAACAUGCUUAUUGCCGUCAUGUCAGGAUCCCCAUGGCUGUAUUUUAUUUAGCAUGUUUAUUCUAAAUGAAGGAAUGACGAGCACAUUUUGAGGAUGGCAUGAUGAGUUCAUAUUAUUACAGUAAAUAAGCCAGAGAACAGAACAAAGGUUAUGUAGAAAAUAUAGAAAUCUAUUUAUGUUCAAUUGUACAUGUCAAGAUGAACUGUUGUUAUGCACAAGGACCUUGGAUGCCUGUUUUACUCUUUGCCACAUCUUCAAAUCAUGUUAGCGUGUUUAGUUUUUAAUUAUAAACCCAGACAAAGCAGCUUUUCCCAAAGUCAACAGCAAUAUUGAAUAUUGUGUUGAACUGGAAAAUGAUGUUGAUUAUGCUCUCUUCCAUGUUCAAGUAUGCAUUUUAUGUUUAACAUACUGUAUUUGUAGUUGGCCUUUAAACAAGUUCACCACCAAAGAUUGAACAUUUCAAAGCUAAAGUGAAUAUAAUUGACUUACAUUCAUCUUUCAGGUAAAUGAGCGCAGAGUAGAUAAAGAAGCAUUUGGUAUGAGUUGUGCCAAAUGUAUUAUUUCAUGGUUUGAAGGUCGUAAGAUGACCUAUUAUGUGACCGCUGCACUUUCAAACAUUAAUGUCUUCAAAAUGGUUUUGGCCUAAUUGCACUCCUUAACAUGCUCGUUUACAGUACCCUGCAACCAUUCAGUUGUAGAAAUCCCUUCUACAUAUUACUGAUAUCAUCCCGUUUUGAGCAAUCUCCAACGUGUCUUAUUUGGGCAACAAAAAUAAUAAUUGGAAUAUAUCAAGUGUGAACAAGUGUGUCUUCCAUACAGCUCUUUAACAUUUCAGGGUAACAACUUGAAUAAUGUGGGAAUUAACUUGAGAAAAAUUAAAAGCACUAC